UUUCAUUAUUAUAAAUAGAGGCAAUCGUCACCACCACCUUUCCUCAUCUCAAAGACUCAACCAUUGCGGUGCUACGAAAAAAACAAAAAACACUUGUAAUUGAAAUUAAGAAAGCAAAAAAGAAAGAUGGGUUUGAGCCGUUUUGCGAUAUCGAAUGCAACAAGGCAGAUACUGAAGCUAAACUCGUUGGGAAACAGAAACCGAACAUCAUCGUCAUCGGAUCAUGUCCCAAAAGGACACGUAGCAGUUUACGUGGGAGAACAGAUGGAGAUGGAGAAGAGGAGAUUCGUGGUUCCAAUAUCGUUUCUGAAUCAUCCUUCCUUCAGAGAGUUCCUUAGUCGAGCAGAGGAAGAGUUUGGAUUCGAUCAUCCAACGGGAGGCUUGACCAUUCCAUGUAGAGAGGAACUCUUUCUUGAUCUCAUCGCUUCUCGGUUACAGUAAUUAAGAAUCAUGCGUUUUAUUAGUAUAAUUGUAGUGUAUUUAUAGGAAUCUUGAGAUUGAGGAUAUGUAUCUUUUCAUCAUGUUUCUUCCCAUGUAUCUUUUUAAAUCAUGGAGAAUUUAGAAGAUUUGAUAUAUCUCUAUUUCUU